CGCCUAGUCUAUUCUACAGCAGCACACAGAGUUCCAGUCCUUUUCCACACAACCCUUUGGAAAGUUUCACAACGCCAGUAUACAAACGAGAAAUCAUCGAGAAAAUGUUUAGAUCCAUUUUUGGACUAAAAUUCUUUGCAAGACCUCGGUCUUCAGGAGAUAUGGACUCUUCGAAGAAGAAGUCCAAACGAAGGAGUGAGAGACCUUCGUCUCCUGAAGACCUCAACCCUCCCACCAUCUUGAGGGAGCACGGACGAAGGGGUGAGAGACCUUCGUCUAGUGGAGGCACCAACCCUUCUACCAUCAUGAAGGAGCGCAGGCAAAAGGGUGAGAGCCCUUUGUCUUGUGCAGAAAACAAGCCCUCUAUCACCAGGCAGCAAGAACGAAGGGAUGUGAGCUCUUUGUUCAGCGUGGGCACCAACCCUUCUACCAUCAUGAAGGAGCACAGGCAAAAGGGUGAGAGCCCUUUGUCUUGUGCAGAAAACAAGCCCUCUACCACCAGGCAGCAAGAACGAAAGGAUGUGAGCUCUUUGUUCUACGUAGGCACCAACAUGAAGGAGCACAAGCGAAAGGAUGUGAGCUCUUUGUUCUACGUAGGCACCAACAGGAAGGAGCACAGGCGAAAGGGUGAGAGCCCUUUGUCUUGUGCAGAAAACAAGCCCUCUACCACCAGGCAGCAAAUACGAAGGGGUGAGAGCCCUUCCUCUUCAUCCUCUGAAGACAAGCAGCCUUCUACUCCAAGGCGGAAGCAAGCAUGGAGAGGUGAGAGCCCUCCGUCUUCAUCUUCUGAAGACGACCAGCCUUCUUCCACCAGACAGCGAGUACGAAGGUUUGAGAGCCCUCCGUCUUCAUCCUCUGAAGACAAGCAGCCUUCUACUCCAAGGCGGCAGCAAGAAAGAAGGGCUGAGAGCCCUUUAUCUAUCAAUCUGAGUGUGAGAAAGGAGAGGAAGAUCAUUGAAAGAGAAAAGCAGCGUUUGGAGAAGGAUGGUUUAAAAAGAGAAAGAGAGAGAUGUGAAAAGAUGAAGAGAAAGAACCAGGAGAAGGAGACGAAAACGUUUGGUCUGCUUUCAAGAAUAUACAUUUGGAGGCUCAAUCGCAAGAUAGAUCGCCUUGCCAGGAAAAUCCAAUCAACCCAUGUGGAUGAGUGCUACCUCCUGCGUCAUGGUCCCCUCAUAAAUCCAAAGGAAAUGGCAGAAAAAGAACAGCUGCUUGACCAAAGGAGGGACCUGAUCUUGUACAAACGCAGACAAGAAUUUAAGGUGGAGAAGGAAGUGAGGAAGCAAAGACUGAAGGUAGAGAGGAAGGAAAUAGAUGUGAAGAAGAUGGAGAAUAUCUCUGAGUUAUGCUGCAACUCAGAUAGCCCAGAUAUGUUAAAUCUUGGCUACGGGCCAAUGCCAGUCAGGUCACCCAAACUCAGAUUUGUUAACAUAUAUCAUUUAAGAGAAUAUGAGAGCAAUCAAAAAAAUGGCAUCAAACAGAGAGAGGUAAUUGAGGGAGACGGCAAACAUUUCAGAUUUGACAAAACUGAAGUAAAGAGGCGGCAGGCCUGGGUUUGACUCCGACCUGCAGCCCUUUGCUGCAUGUCAUUCCCCCUCUCUCUCCCCUUUCAUGUCUUCAGCUGUC